ACAGAGGACUCAUAUAAGGAGCGCAACUCCUGCCUUUAACAAACCCUCCAUCCAUAGGACGCAACAGGACAAUGCAAAUAGACGUUCUGUUCCCAAAGCUAAUAAGCUAACAGAAUGCACAGACAACUCUUUGAUCCAAAAAGGAAAGGAUCCUGCACUUUCUAUUGACACUCCACUGAACAAUGCCAUGAUUACACAAGGCGGAAAGGGAAGUUUGUUUUAUCAUCAUACUGACUGCAAUGAUACUCAAAUGGCAUCGCAGGCCAAAAAAAACAACGUACGUGAGGAAACCUGCUAUCCGGAUGGAAGGGUAGAGCGUCUUUUUUGGAAUGGAUGUCGUGUGAUCACAUUCCGCAAUGGAACGAAGAAAGAGAUCGGUGUUGACAAGUCAGUCACUGUUACGUUCUUCAAUGGCGAUGUUAAACGCAUGCUGGCUGACGGGACAGUGAUUUACUACCAUUGUGAUGCUCAGACAACACACUCAACCUAUCCAUCUGGAUUGGAGGUUGUACAGUUUCCAAACAACCAGAGAGAAAAACAUCAUCCUGAUGGUACAAGGGAAAUAUCCUUCCCAGAUGGCACAGUUAAGAUUCUCCACUCUGAUGGUCGAGAUGAGAGCAUUUUUCCAGAUGGGACCGUUGUCAAGAUAUCACAACAUGGGGAAAAGGUGGUGGAGUUUGCUAAUGGGCAGAGAGAGAUUCAUACUUCACAGUACAAGCGAAGGAUGUACCCGGAUGGAACGGUUAAAACACUCUACACGAAUGGGAGGCAAGAAACAAAGUUCUCAUCUGGGAGAGUUCGCAUUAAGAACAAUGAAGGCAUCAUUAUAAUGGACAAAAAAUGAACUUCUAAAAACCAUUUUCAUG